UUCACCGCGGCGAGGAUCUCGGAUCAGUUUUCUUCUGCUAACUAACCUCAGUUCACCCGGAGUUCAUAGUGAUGUCUGACCUGAGAUCAGUGUGAGAGUGGAGAGCAAAGGGAUGGUGUCAAACAGGUUGUUGCUACCUGUUUCACUGAGAAAAAAAUAGACGGAGAAUUGUCAGCAGCGAGCACAGAGUCCAGGCCGAAUGUCUUCAGGAGGAGUUGGUUUUGUCACCAGGUUCGACCGGGUGCGGGAGAUCCCACACUAUGACCAGGUCCCUGUGGGCUCCUUAUGGCAGGACUUUCCUUCGCCCCCGGAGUCCUUGCAUGGAACAGUGCCUGCCAUAAGCCUAGACCCCCUUCCCCCUCCCCCUCUACCUAAACAGCCAGCUGUUGGCCCUGAAUCCUUUUAUCCCCCCAACGAUAGUGAGCCAAUGGAGGCCAAGAGUGACGUCAUGGACAUUGAGCCGGUCCACCGCUUCAUUCCCGACUCUGUCAAGAACUUCUUCCGUGGCCACAGCGGUAACCGUGGCAGCAAAGGUUGGGCCAUACACCCUCCUGCACCACCUCUACCUGCCCCUUACUCCUCUGCCCCCUCACCCAGUAAGAGAGGCAACCACCACACCACAGCAGGAGUCCCCUGCUCACCCCCCCACUCCGCACCUCCAUCUCCGUCUCUUCUAGGGUCCUAUAGGGACCCUUAUGGCGGCUCUGGGGGCAGCUACACCUCUCAGAAGGAGCGAAACCGGCUGCUGCUGGAUGCUGAAGCCUUCGAAUCAGUAUCUGCAGUGCCCACCAAUCUCUCAGCCCUGACCUACCAUGAGCGGGUGGAAGAAUACCACCAGCGUUAUGCCUACUUGAAGUCUUGGGCUGGCCUUCUGAGGAUCCUGGGCUGUGUGCAGCUGCUGUUGGGAGCUGCUGUGUUCGCAUGCGUCUGUGCUUAUGUUCAUAAGGACAAUGAGUGGUUCAAUAUGUAUGGAUACUCCCAGCCGCAGCUGUUUGGGGGGCUUGGUGGAGGUGCUGGUGCAUAUGGAUCUGGGGGCAGUUACUACACAGGCCCCAAGACACCUUUUGUCCUGGUGGUGGCUGGCCUUGCGUGGAUAGUGACUGUUAUUCUAGUCGUUGUUGGGAUGACCAUAUACUACAGAGCCAUCCUUUUAGACUCUUCUUGGUGGCCACUUACAGAGUGUUCCAUCAACAUGGUCUUAGCGAUGCUUUAUUUAGCAGCAGGGAUAGUAUAUGUGAGGGACACCACUCGAGGGGGGCUAUGCUACAUUCCGGUCUUCAAUAACGGAAUAAAUGGGGCGUUUUGUCGGACCGAGGCCGGCCAGACAGCAGCCAUUGUCUUCCUCUUCAUCACCACGGUGCUCUACUUCAUUAGUGCUGGAGUGUGUCUGAAGCUGUGGAGGCAUGAAGCAGCCAGGAUGAGGAAGGAGAUGCUGGAACAUGAGAUGAAAACAAUUGGAUCAUCAGUCCCUCUGUCUAUACUGGGUCCAGACUCCAGGGCCUCUGAGCAGACUCCUCUCCCCACUAUCCAGCCAGACAUCAUGGACGCUCCUAACAACUAUGCAGCUGCUCCUCUGAUGGCACUUGAGCCAGAGAUCCUCAGAGGUCACAUACCGGCUGGACACAUCCCUAAGCCUGUCGUUAUAGCCGACUAUGUGGCAAAGUACCCCAGCAUCAGCUCAGAGGAGGAGAGGGACCAGUACAAGGCUGUGUUUAAUGACCAGUACGCUGAAUACAAGGAGCUGCACGCUGAGGUUCAGGCAAUGGCCAAGAAGUUUGAAGAGAUGGACGAGAUAAUGCAGAACCUUCCGUCCCGGCCUUCCAGUCAAAUGGAGAAGGAGCGGAUCAGUAGCAUAUUAAUGGAAUAUCAGAGGAAGAAAGCUGACCCAACGUAUUUGGAAAAAAGGGAGAGGUGUGAGUACCUAAAGAACAAGCUCUCUCAUAUCAAACAGAAGAUUCAGGAGUACAACAAAGUGUAAUUUGAACUGGAACGAUAGUAUUUAAACCACUGCAGUGAAACACUUUCAUAACUCACCUGGAAUUCAUAUGAAGUCUGCAACAGUUUAAGAAAAAAAUAGUAGUGGGACUAAGCUGGGAACUGAACUGUAUGUUUCUCCCUACCAGGCGAAAACUGCCCUCAUAGAUGGUAUACCCACAAUUGCUGAUUGUAUAUAUACCAUUAUCACAUUUAUUUUUAUUUAUUUUUUAUUUAACCUUUAUUUAACCAGGUAUCGCAAUGCCGACCUGGCUAAGAAAAGCAUAAGCGUACAGGACAACAUACGGUUUCACAUUCAAUACAAUACAGGAAUACAGAAUACAAAAGGCUACAUAAAGUGCAGGUUAAGUAGGCAUUACAGAGCCGGUGCAAAGUGAGGUGUAAGUAAGAUGAAGGAUUAAAACAGGUGGACCUGCCAUCACUGCUGUUAGUAAUGUCAUCAUGACACAGAAUAUAAUUUUCACAGGUCAACAAAUCAUCAGUGGAAAUCAGUAGAAAUGUUUUUAUAAAGAGUAAGACAUUGUCGAGAGCUGGAAUGGAUCAGGUGUAAUCUAAAUGUGUUCAUUAUAUAUACAAACAAACCCUACAAACCCUGAUGCAAAUCAAUUUAAAGGAACAUUUUGGGAAAUAUGCUUUGUUUUGCUGUUUUACCUGGAUAUAGCAAAAUGAAUAUCAGUUUCAUCACUGUGCGUCCAGUCUGGUAUGUGUUUAGCCUAGCUUAGCAAUGAAGACUGGAAGCAGAGGGAAACUGCUGCACUAGGUCCAUCAGAAGAGACAUUUUUAAUACACCUCAUUUGAUGCUUGUGUUUGCUGUCAGCUGCUAGGAAAGAAACCAUAAUGACUCAUACAAGAAAUUAAAUUAUCUUUUCAUCUGAGUUUGAGUAAGAUUACAAUCAAGCACAUUUUGUAAAAUGGGUGACUGUUUCUUUAACACCAGGUGUAAAUGGGGUCUCAAAACUGGCUAGCUAGACAUUCUGCCUGAUUAAGGAAACUGAUGUAAAUAAGGCUGACUCAAUGUUAAUGAAGGCUAUAUGAUUAGAGUAAUAAUUCAAUUCAAUUCAAUUUUAUUUAUAGUAUCAAAUCAUAACAUAAGUUAUCUCGAGACACUUU